GUAGUGGAUUUGAGUGACAGGCAUUGCAGAAAGGGGUUUGGUUGAUAUGGGUGUUUGGGUUUCUGUUGAUGGCAGUAUCCUUGUACUCAACUUCUCUGUUGUCAUCUCCUCUGAAAGACCAAACCAAGAUGCAGGCAAAUGCUUUAGGGACUAGUAGUCUUGAUAAGGGAAACCCUAAAGUCACCAUUUUCACAGCUCCAAGGCCCUUUCAUGGUGUGGUUGGGGAAAGACAGGAACUUGCUGUCAGAUCAUGGCUUGGCUUAUCACCUGACAUUGCUGUUGUGCUGUUCAGCCAGCACCCUUCUGCUUCAUCUUUUGCCUUGUCAUUUGGCUCAAAGGUUGCGGUUCAGCCCGAUAUCGACUUCUCAUUCUUGGGCACACCAUACUUCCACUCUAUGAUGGCCUACUCAGAAGCAUCCCAAUCUGAUAUUUCUGUUCUAAUUCACCCCGAAUCGAUUCUCUUGCCCGACUUCAUUUCGGCCAUAACACAUGCUCACAAACUUGAUCAUGAAUGGCUCCUUUUUGCUUUGUCGCGUAACGUUUCCGACUUCCCAUUUCGUUUGGAUGAAGAUGGAAAACAAUGGUUGACAGAUGAUGGCACACAUGUGAACAUUGAAAAGAUGCAGAGGUUUCUUUCAAAGGAACAAAACUGGAGCCUGUGUCAAGAACAAAUCCUAAUAGCAUGGAACAAUGCAGACAUUCCCUUGCACAAUGGGGUCCUCCCACCUUUUCUAUACGAAAAGGGAUUCCACAACCUUUGGAUUAUCAACGAAGCGUUUAGAUCCGACUUUCGGUUCGUAUUUGAUGCUAGCAAUGCCAUAUCCAAUCUAUACCUCCACCAACCUGACUUGGAGCACAAAAAGUUAAGUGCAGAUAGAUCUUGGGAGUUUAUGGGGAAUUUCAUUCUUGCUACAAAUUAUGGGUCACUGUAUUUCCAUGACACAAAACAUUCCAACUUCUUUGGAUUGUUUGAGUGUGAAGGGAAAUACUUUUUCCUAAACACUGCAGAAAAGAUUGCAAUCCAUCUUAGCUCAAAAGAGGAAAAACUUUUUACAUGUAUAGUCACUUCUUUGGGUUCAGCAGAAGAAGGGGUUAAACACUUCCCUCUACCCGAUAACCUCAAUCGGUCACUACCCAUUUCGCUUCCAGAACUAUCGUUGGAGUCUUUACUUUCCCUUUGUGCUGACAAGAAGAACAAGACGAUUGUUCUGGCGGUUGUUGGGUAUAAUUAUAAGGACAUGCUUAUGAGUUGGGCUUGCCGGAUGCGACAUCUGCAAGUCACAAACUUCUUGGUGUGUGCCCUUGACAAUGAAGCCUAUGACUUCUCCAUCUUGCAGGGACUUCCUGUGUUCAAGUAUUCAUCAACUGAAACAAAAAUAGGGUAUGAUGAUUGUCACUUUGGGACAGAAUGCUUUAAAAGAGUAACCAAAAUGAAGUCCAGAAUGGUUCUGAAGAUACUGAAGAUGGGUUACAAUGUAUUGAUGAGUGAUGUUGAUAUUUACUGGUUCAAGAACCCAUUGCCCUUUCUUAGCUCCUUUGGGCCUGCAGUUUUAGUGGCACAGUCUGAUGAGUACAAUCUUACAGGAGCAAUCAACUUGCCCGGGCGUCUAAACUCAGGUUUCUACUACGCCCAUUCCGACAAUGCCACCAUUGUGGCAUUCCAAAAGGUUGUGAUCCACGCAUCGGCAUCCACCCUUUCCGAGCAGCCGAGCUUCUACGACACAUUGUGUGGCGUAGGAGGAUCAAACCGCGUCGGAGAAGAUGGGUGCUUAGAGCCCACAACAAGACUUCGCGUUCAUUUCCUGGACCGGGACCACUUCCCAAACGGCGCGUACGAUGGGCUAUGGGAGGAGGUGGGGAAUGCGAAAGAGGCUUGCGAGAUCAAGGGCUGCUUUGUACUCCAUAACAACUGGGUUAGCGGGAGGAAGAAGAAGACGGAGCGACAGGUGUCGUCGGGGUUGUGGGAUUACGACAUCAGCACACACGAAUGUGUUUGCACAAAUGGAGCAACACCAGACACACUGAUCAUUUUUGAAGAUACAAAUUAUUCUCUAUUUCUUUUCUCCCUUAUUAUUAUGAACAUAAUCAUAAUAAUUAGGGCUUUUCCAACACCAAUAGCCAUGUCUAGUAAUAACUAUAGUGUCCUAACAUAUGGGGCCCACCCCGACGGAAGGACGGACUCGUCGGGUGCCUUUCUGAGGGCGUGGGCGGCGGCCUGCGCGUCUGCAGAGGCCGCCACCGUUUACGUGCCACCGGGAAAUUUCCUACUGGGGAGUGUGGUUUUCGAAGGGCAAUGCAAGAGCAACGCCGUGACGUUUCAAAUCAACGGCGUUCUCGUGGCCCCUUCCGACUUCAAUGUGGUCGGGCGUGACGGAACUUGGAUCAAGUUCAUCGGCGUUUCCGGGGUUUCCCUAGUUGGCGGAACCCUAGACGGACAAGGUCCUAAUCUAUGGGCAUGCAAACAAUCCAACAAUAAUAAAUGCCCCAAUGGAGCUACGACAUUGGGAUUUUAUCACUCAAGUGACAUUGCUAUUGGGGGGUUAAAGUCAAAAGACAGCCAAAAAUUUCACAUUGUCAUUUAUGGAUCCAACAAUGUUAGAGUACAAGAUGUGACUAUCUCAGCUCCCGAAGAUAGCCCCAACACCGAUGGCAUUCAUGUCCAAUUAUCCUCUAACGUGAAAAUAUCUCGUUCUGUUAUCGGCACGGGGGACGACUGCAUCUCAAUCGGCCCGGGGAGCUCUAACUUGUCGAUCAACGGCAUCACUUGCGGGCCAGGGCAUGGAAUCAGCAUUGGGAGUCUAGGUUGGGAAAUGCAAGAGGAAGGUGUGGAGAAUGUGGCAGUGAGUGGGGCUUCAUUCUUUGGCACCCAAAAUGGGUUUAGGAUCAAGACAUGGUCAAAGCCAAGCAAUGGGUUUGCUAGGAACAUCACUUUUAAGCAGGGAACCAUGUCCAACGUCAAAAACCCCAUCAUCAUUGACCAGAACUACUGCCCUAACUCCAAUGGUUGCCCUAACAAGGGCUCUGGUGUGAAACUAAGUGGCAUAAGUUACCAAGACAUUCAUGGGACAUCAGCAACACAAGUGGGCAUACAGUUGAAUUGUAUCUCAAAAGAAUCAUGUGAAGACAUAACACUAAACAAUGUUAACUUGGGAUACAAAGGUGGAGCAGCCCAAAUGUCUUGUGCCAAUAAUGCCCAUGUCACCCUCUUGAACUCAUUAGUAAACCCAUCAUCAUCAGGAUGCCUCAUCAAUGCCAUCAAGGGUUUUUUGAGACCUUGAAAUAUAAUAGUAUAUGUAGCAAUGUAAUAAUUGGUUUUAAUUAUA